ACGCACACAACCUUCUUCCACCCCCUAUCUCAGAAAUCCGGCUGGUCGUCUUCGUCUCUCUCUCAAAUCGAGCAAAAUCCAAAAUUCCCAAUUUUAUAUUUCAGUGACACACUAGCGCUAUUUUGCUCUUAGACAUGCUCAGACCAAAUCCCGAGUGGCAUUCAAGUAAGUGGGAGUCGAAAUAAAGGCCGCCACGCCCUCUUCUCAGCCUCAACUCAACAACAUCAAGAACCCAUAAUUAAUUCUAUUUGUUCAUCAGGUGAACUAACUUCUUCUUCUUCUUUCCAUCACCAGCAAGUUUGCUGAUUAUGAAUUAUUUCCCAGGAUAUAAAAGGCAUUUCAUAUCUUUUUCUAUUUCACACCACGUUUUCUAACUUAUGCUAUCAAACGCAAAAUAUGGACACUGACGGCCCACCACAGCUAUAUUUUUAAAAUGGGCUUCUUAAAUAUGACCUUCUUUUCAAAUAAUCGGCUGUAUUCGGAAGGACGGACCGGUUUGGUUCUCGUAGACUCACCCGGAAAUCGGGCCGCCGCACAAGUUUGAAAGUCAUAUUCGGAAGUCAAAAUUUACACACUCAUAAAGACUGCUGCUCUUACUUAGUUGUUAUCGUCGCCUUCAUUCAUCCCACCAAAUCCCACGCACUUGGUAUACGCCGAACUUUCAAAAUCGCACAAAGUGGUAAUUUUUGAAAAAUGGCAGUGGUUGCUUCUGCUCCGGGCAAGGUUUUAAUGACCGGGGGCUACCUUGUGUUGGAGAAGCCUAAUGCUGGGAUUGUACUGAGUACAAAUGCCCGCUUUUAUGCAAUUGUAAAGCCACUAAAUGAGGAAGCUAAACCCAACAGUUGGGCAUGGUCAUGGACAGAUGUGAAACUGACUUCACCUCAGAUGGGAAGAGAAAUUAUGUACAAAUUGUCACUUAAGACUCUACAGCUACAGAGUGUGUCUUCUAGUGAUACCAGGAAUCCAUUUGUUGAAUAUGCACUUCAAUAUGUUGUAGCAGCAGCUUGUGCCACAUUUGACCAACCUAAGAAAGAUGAGUUGCAAAAACUUCUGUUGCUAGGUCUUGACAUUACUAUAUUAGGUUGCAAUGAGUUCUAUUCAUAUAGGAAUCAGAUUGAAGCACGUGGCUUGCCAUUGACCUCAGAAUCUUUGGCUUCACUUCCUCCUUUUACUUCAAUUGCAUUCAAUGAGGAAGAAUCAAGUGGACAAAAGAGCAAGCCGGAAGUUGCCAAAACUGGGUUGGGCUCAUCAGCAGCUAUGACAACUGCUGUUGUUGCUGCUUUACUUCAUUACCUUGGAGUUGUCAGUCUUCCUUCAGAGUUCAGUGGUCCUCUUGAAGGGGAUAAAGUUUCUGCAGACCUGGAUGUUGUGCAUGUCAUCGCUCAAACUGCUCACUGUAUAGCACAGGGUAAAGUUGGUAGUGGUUUUGACGUGAGCUCUGCUGUUUAUGGUAGUCAGCGGUAUGUCAGAUUUUCACCCGAAGUACUUUCUUCUGCUCAGGAUGCUGGUCGAGGGAUUUCAAUUGAAGAGGCCAUAGGCAAUGUGCUAAAAGCCAAUUGGGAUCAUGAGAGGACUAAAUUUUCGUUGCCCCCAAUGAUGACUUUAUUACUUGGAGAACCAGGAACUGGUGGAUCAUCAACGCCAUCAAUGGUUGGUGCCGUAAAGAAGUGGCAAAAGUCUGACCCUCAAAACUCCCUUGAAACAUGGAAAAAGUUGUCAGAAGCUAAUUCUACUCUUGAGAUGCACCUCAAAACCUUAAGCAAAUUGGCAGAAAUAAACUUUGAUGAUUAUAAAUCUACCAUUAUCAAAUGCAGCACUCUCACAUCCGAAAAGUGGAGAGAUGAAGCUCUUGAACCAAAUCAAAUAGAAGUUAUUAAAGCAUUACUAGGAGCUAGAGAUGCCAUACUUGGAAUCAGGUGUAACAUGCGCAAGAUGGGCGAGGCUGCUGGGAUUCCCAUUGAACCCGAAUCACAAACUCAACUGCUAGAUACAACGAUGAACAUGGAAGGAGUUCUGCUGGCUGGUGUUCCGGGUGCAGGUGGCUUCGAUGCAGUCUUUGCUGUGACCUUGGGGGAGUCGAGCAGCAACGUGGUCAAAGUUUGGAGUUCCCUCAACGUACUCGCCUUGCUAGUAAGAGAGGAUCCUCGCGGAGUUUUUUUAGAAAGCAACGACCCUCGAACAACAGAAAUUACUGGUGCGGUUUCUUCCAUUCGUAUUGAAUGAAGUUCGAUCUUAGUACUUUUUUUACUUGUAUUGUCAUUUGAAACUCAGGUAGCUAAAUUUCAGUGAGUUUGAUGCGGGUUUUAAGUUAUUCCCACUGUUAAAAUAAGGAAGCAGAACAUUUCUGUUGUAUUUCUUUCGAAUAUAUUGUAUUUUACAGCGAAUAAUUUGUAUGAGAUGAUCUUAAAAUAUUUAUAUAAUUAUUCGCCCAGGCAAUUUUCUACUUA